AAGGAUAUUAUCAUUAUUAUUUUACCCCCUAAAAUCAAAAAGGUUAAACACCUCAGCAAGUGGCACGCUGCCGCUUGCAAUAUGCACUGCAGAAUCACUAACGGAAUAAGCCGUGUUGCGCGUGAUUAUUGUUAAGGGCGCGCGGGGCUUUUUCAUCGUAACGCCCACUCGAGGAAGGUCAACCGCAUAUAUAGAGCUCUUAAGAAUGGCGUUAUAUUUGCUAGGACUUCAUUCGCUUGCUAAGAGUAGAACCGGUAGCAAGUAUCUGAAAGUGGUUGUUACCACUGUUGUUUAUAAUUUUAUAUUACUAGUGAACUUCGAUGACAACGAUGACUGCCAAACUCUUUUACGACUUACAUAGCGUUAAAACUUUAUUAUUUCGACGUUGGAGCCCGAUUACUAGAUUAUCAAGUAAUAUUAAUAAAAAUUGUAGGAGAGACGCUCACUCAACAAUUGAUCCGAAUGAUUUAUUCCAAGCCAAUCCUAAAGUACUGAGAGAUUUUUGGGAUACCGAAGGAACAUUUAAACCGCUUCAUAGUUUUAACUACCUUCGGGUACCUUAUAUCAGAGACAGUCUAGUAGAAGUAGCGCCUGGUGAGAAAUUUUCUACAUGUCUAAAAGGAAAGAAAAUCCUUGACGUUGGUUGUGGACCAGGACUGCUCUCAGAGGGUUUAGCUAAACUUGGUGCCGAAGUUACUGGAGUAGAUACAAACAGAGAAUUGAUUAAAAUGGCGCAAAGCCAUAGUUCUCAAAACAAACGCUUGGCUAACAACUUGCCUUCUUAUAUUUGGACCGAUAUAGAGGAACACAGUAUUGCCUGUGCUGAAAAGUACGACGCUAUUGUAGUGUCUGAAGUGAUAGAGCAUGUUUCUGAAAAGGAAUUGUUCGUAGAAUCGUGCGUACGCGCCGCGAAACCGGGCGGAAAACUAUUAUUUACUACACCUAAUAGGACACGUUUCGCACAGUUCUUUUUGAUAUUUAUUUUUGAAGAUGUUCUGCGGAAUUUACCAAAGGGCACACAUCAAUAUGAUAAGUUUAUGAGGCCUAGCGAACUCCAAUACAUGUUAGAAAUGAACGACUGCUUUGUGGAAUCAACGAAAGGCUACUUUUAUUACCCGUGGGGGAACAAUUGGGAGUGGACUAAAUCUAAAAUAUUUGGCUUUGCUAUCGAGGCGGUUAAAUCCAAAUAAGUAUUUUUUUUGUUUUUUCUGUAUUUUCUGUUUUCCGCGAAAUUUAUAUAUUACCACAUGAGACAAGUAUUCUGUAUUUAUUUUCCUGCUUUGUUUAUCGGCGUGCCAUAUACAAUUCAAAUGUGUUCAGCAGUUUAUACGUUAUAAAUUUUGCCCAAACAAAGUUACUCGUUAUAGAACAUUAUAUUCUUUUAAAUGUA